AUGGCAAACACAACCGAGCUAAGUGAUCGUCAAAUGGAACAAAAAUUGUAUCCAUGCAAACCAAAAUGGUCUUCAAAACAAAUUCCUAGAUCCCAACGACGUAUUCAAUAUCCAUUUUUAAUUCAAUGGAAUCCUAUGAGUAUUGUCCAUUAUAGAAGUGACGAUAGUGCCAUCGAGCCAAAUUCAAAACGACGAAAACUAGACAAUUAA